UUUCCUCUUCUCUUCUUCCUCCUCCCUUCCCCAGCCCACUCUCGCAUUCGCAUAUAAAUUUUCGAGAAGGAAAGAGAAAAAGAAGACACCCAGACGACCUAUUCAAACUUCAAUCCAAAAAACAGAUUUAUAAAAGAGUGAACAGGUAAAAGAAAGACAACUUUCUUUCCUCAUUCUUUCUUGUAUUGCAGACUUUUCUUGUUCUUCCAUAAACGUCCACAACCUUCUUGUUGUUUUCGUAUUGGGUUUGUCGGAUUGUUCUUAGUUACAUUUUAUGAUCAUCUACUUCAGAGACUAAUAAUUCAAUUUGAAGGGUUUGAAGCCUCUUUGUAGGUUGUGUUUUGGUGUCUUCUACUCAUCUUCAAGCAUUGAUUAUUGAUAGAAUGAGUUUGUAAAUUUGGGUUUUCUAGUUUUUCCAAUUGGGUUCGAAUUCGCCUAAUUGGAUUUUCAUUAUUGGGUUGAACAGACCUUCAAAUUGGUGUGUAAGAUUGUUAAUUAGUGUGUGUGAUGUUGUCAUUGAUUUGGCUUGUAGUUGAGUUGGUCAUCUUACAGUGGUGAGAAAAGCUUAGACAUUGUGUUGUUGCUUUAAAUCAAUGAACCCUUUUGGGUGGGGGAACUAGGGUUCAAACUGUGUGUGAUAAGACCAGUAGAGGGAAUUUUUAGGAAGUAUAUCGUAGUUUUAGAUGGGAAAUAACUGCGUUCAAGCGAGGAACUCGAAGGAUGGAUUCUUUUAUUCCAUUUCCAAUACAAUAUGGUGGUCUCGAUCACCGGAUAUGAUUACGUAUGAUAAUAGAGAAGUUAGUAUCGAACCGCCCUCUGCAGCUAAAGAGCCUGAAGCUCCUGAAUCUGUGCAAAGUAAGCCCCCACAAGUGGUGAUGAUAGUUAAGGAAGAACCUAAAUUAGCUCAGCCCACCAGACCACAACAGGUGAUCAUGAUAGUGAAGGAAGAGAAGAAGCCAGCAGAGCCCACGGGGCCUGAACCGGUGAUCAAGAUAGUGAAGGAAGAGAAUAAACCAUCAAAGCCCUCAAUACCAAAGAAAACCCACAAUGUCAAAAGAAUGUCAAGUGCAGGGCUUCAGGCAGAGUCUGUUUUAAAGACAAAAACGGGUCAUCUAAAGGAGUACUACAAUUUGGGGAGGAAACUUGGGCAUGGCCAGUUUGGAACUACUUUUCUUUGUGUGGAGAAAGCAACCGGAAAAGAGUAUGCCUGCAAAUCUAUUGCAAAAAGGAAAUUAUUGACCAAAGAUGAUGUGGAUGAUGUCAGGAGGGAAAUUGAGAUCAUGCAUCACUUGUCUGGACACCCCAAUGUCAUUACAAUCAAAGGGGCUUAUGAGGAUGCUGUGGCAGUUCAUGUUGUCAUGGAAUUGUGUGCAGGAGGUGAGCUCUUUGAUAGGAUUAUUAAGAGAGGACAUUAUACUGAGAGAAAGGCAGCCGAGCUCACAAGGACUAUAGUCAGUGUUAUCGAAGCCUGUCAUUCAUUGGGAGUCAUGCAUCGGGACCUCAAGCCUGAAAAUUUUCUUUUCAACAACGAGCUGGAAGAUUCACCUCUCAAGGCUAUAGAUUUUGGAUUAUCAGUAUUCUUCAAGCCAGGGGAAACUUUCACAAGUGUGGUUGGAAGCCCUUAUUAUGUUGCACCAGAAGUUUUGCGUAAGCGCUAUGGUCCAGAGGCAGAUGUUUGGAGUGCUGGUGUGAUGGUUUACAUUCUCCUUAGCGGAGUGCCUCCAUUUUGGGCUGAAUCUGAGCAAGAUAUAUUUGAAGAGGUUUUGCAUGGUGAUCUUGACUUCUCAUCAGAUCCAUGGUCUAAAAUCUCUCAAAGCGCAAAGGAUUUAGUCAGGAAAAUGCUUGUAAGAGACCCCAAAAAGAGGCUAACAGCUCAUGAAGUUCUGUGCCACCCGUGGGUUCAGGCUGAUGGGGUGGCUCCUGACAAGCCUCUCGAUCCUGCUGUCUUUAGUCGCUUGACACAGUUUUCGGCCAUGAACAAGCUUAAGAAAAUGGCUCUUAGGGUCAUUGCAGAGCGUCUCUCUGAAGAAGAAAUUGCUGGGUUGAAAGAAAUGUUCAAGAUGAUAGAUACAGAUAACAGUGGCCAAAUUACGUUUGAAGAACUCAAGGCUGGACUCAAAAGAUUUGGAGCUAACCUUAAUGAGUCCGAGAUAUAUGACUUAAUGCAGGCUGCAGAUAUUGAUAACAGUGGUACUAUAGACUAUGGGGAGUUCAUAGCUGCGACGUUGCAUCUUAACAAAAUCGAGAAAGAAGAUCAUCUACUUGCUGCUUUUUCAUAUUUUGACAAAGAUGGCAGUGGUUAUAUCACUCAAGAUGAGCUUCAACAAGCUUGUGAGGAGUUUGGCAUAGACGAUGUCCACUUGGACGAAAUGAUCCAAGAAGCUGAUCAAAACAAUGAUGGAUGCAUAGACUACAGCGAGUUCGUGGCUAUGAUGCAGAAAGGAAAUACUGAUUUUGGUAAGAAGCGGUUACAGAAGAAUUUUAGCAUCGGCAUUAGGGAGGCACUGCAGGUUUGCUGACAUAGUGAUGGCAUGACCUUCUAUCUAUACUUUUUUCAUUGAUUAUUUUGUACUUAAUCCCAGCUCCUUGUUUUUUGUAUAUGUGGA